GUUUAAGCUGAUUAAAACAAGAAGAAAAGCCAAGGGAGUCUCUGCUUAAACCCUAAAUUCCCAAAAAAUGGAGCUGCAAUCAGUUUGUCGUGGGUUUCCCACCUCGAAUAUCGGUUUAUCCAGUCACCGCAUAGUCCCUCAUCAACUUGUUUUAGCAAGCCAUGCUCGGCUGAGGGAUCAAAGGCUCCGUAAACAUAAUGGAAUUGCUUCCAAAUCAUAUUUGAUGCCAGGAUUGAAAAGUUUUGUGAAGGAGUCUUCAAUCCUGAGCUUGAACAGAGGAGCUAUUAAGUGCGCUUCGAAUUCUAGUGAUGCAAAGCUGGAAUUUUCAGGAGGGGACAACUCUAAUGUUCCUUUUAGAAGAGUUGAUGGGGUGGAGCCUUUUCGUGGUAAAUCGGGUUCAAUUUCAUUCCAUGGGUUGACACACCAGUUGGUAGAGGAAGGGAAGUUGGUUUCAGCCCCUUUCGAUGAAGAGAAGGGCUCGUUCCUUUGGUUUUUUGCCCCUGCUGCUUUAAUUUCGUCGUUGCUUCUUCCACAAUUCUUUAUUGGUAAUGCAAUCGAGGCUUUCUUGAAGGACGAAAUUAUCAUAGAAAUCGUGACUUCAUUAUCUUAUGAGGCUGCGUUUUAUGUGGGCCUUGCAAUAUUUCUGCUUGUAACUGACCGAGUACAGAGGCCGUAUCUGCAGUUCAGUACAAAGAGGUGGGGUCUCAUUACUGGCCUAAGAGGAUACUUGGCAUCCGCUUUCUUUACAACGGGCUUCAAGGUCAUUGCCCCUCUAUUUGCUGUUUAUGUAACCUGGCCGUUGCUUGGCUUGCCGGCCUUGGUUUCUGUGGUUCCCUUUCUAGUUGGCUGUGUUGCUCAACUUGCAUUUGAGACGGGUCUUGAAAAGCAAGGGUCAUCUUGUUGGCCUCUAGUUCCCAUUAUUUUUGAGGUUUAUAGACUAUACCAGUUGACAAAAGCUGCUUACUUUAUUGAGAAGUUGAUGUAUGCGAUGAAGGGUAUGCCUGCAUCCCCGGAACUGCUAGAAAGAAGCGGUGCCCUAUUUUCUAUGAUAGUGACCUUCCAAGUCGUCGGCGUGGUGUGCCUUUGGUCCCUGAUGGCAUUUCUUUUGAGGCUCUUUCCUUCCAGACCUGUGGCCGAGAAAUACUGAUGUUUGUAUGGGAUGAUGCUGUAUAUUAUAAUUCUGGUUUCUUUGUUUGUCCAAGAUCUGUGUAAUCUUAAUUUUGAUAAUCUUCUAUCCACUGUAAUUAGGAUCUUGGCUUGAUUAAUGUGGUUGAUUUGCACGCU